UCAAUAUCUCCACUCCAGCCGCCGUUUCUAUUCCGAAUUGACGAAGUCGUCGAGCAUCAAAACGCCCCAUAUCAUGUUGAUAACCAUGGACACUGGAUGCCUUCCACCAAUGCGCAGGACAACGUGAGGGCGAGAGGGGGCGCUUCUGGGAUUUGGUGGUAUUGCAAUGGACAGCAAAUUCAAGCUAUACCCAAUGCCACGCGGCCCCCUCAAGGCGCCCAGCAUUUCAAAACCUUCUCCAUGUUCUUCUGCUCCGGAUAUGGCUUCUGGGUUCUCAGAGGCGACGCGACAAACGCAGCCAGUCUGGCAUCAGAGGCCUGGCACCCGCUCCGGUUUGACUACGAAGAAAACGACUACUCUACAUACAUAACCAACGCGGGGUCCAGAAGGAAUUUGAACUGGACAAGACCGGACCAACGAUGGCCGGGGAUUUUGUUCCCAGAUAUAUACCACAAUCCGACGAUGGUCACGCCAAACCUGCAGUACGGCGGUUUGAGGGGUGAUCUGCCCAUCUUCCUCUCCCUCAUUGCCUUCUCAAUGCGCCGCGAAGUCCUCGCACCCAUGCUUCCAAACAUGUUCAUCAACGGCGCCUGGAAUGUCCACAGUCAUCCGUCUGGGCGGGUAGACAGAAGAGGUGUGGUGGUUUACGUGUAUACCGCGCCGCAAAACUGGGCGCCUAAUUCGACCAUCAACGAGCUGCAUCGCUACGAGGACGGCGUUUAUUCCAACUACUACAAUUGAGAAGAAAGACGGCAAAGGGGAUAAGAGCUAGAGAAGACGUUGUGGUGUUAUGGCCCCCGAAGUCUUGGCUCGGGAAGAUCCGCCAUCAUACAUUCGACCCUGCUUAUUGCAUUUCUUUCCCCGCUGCUGGCCGACCUUCAUACACCUCAUACGUUUAUUUUCCCUUACUGCCUCGGCAAUUUUUGGUCUCGUAUGUUUGGCUUUUUUGGAUUCGCGUGUCUUUCUUUCCUUGUCGAGAAUAUUUGAAUGUUUGGAACAGACUUGUGACCCAACUUUUUUGAUUACGGGCUAUUCCUACAGGCACUGGGUAAUAAUCGAACAAUACACGGGUACUCAGCUCUGUUGAUAACGAACAGCUAAGGUUGCUAUGAUUCGCUGUCCCCUUGUGUUGGACAGAGGGGCACUGAUUUAUAUCUUGCUCCCCGUUCUUCUUUACUGAUUUUGAUCUGGAGUUUCGGUGAAGUUGUUCUUUAUAUAGUCGAUGAAUCAUUAUUCGAGUUAUCACAAAUAUCAACGUUCAAGUAGAGAUGCCUUGUGUGUGAGUGAUGCGGUGGUUGGGAUGUAUGCCGUAUUCUCUUUCCCUCUGUUUGACCUACGAUAUGACGCGGAUAUGUUGGUGAUAGGAGCAUAUUCACAGCGACUGAAGUCAUGAAUUGAGAUACCUACGUUUUCAAAGUCUGUUGAACCUUGCAAAAAGAUCCCUAGUAUGAUAUGCCACUCUUUGAUGAAU